UGUGGGCAGCAACUCGGCAGUGGGCAAAAAAUAGUACGCAUCGAGAAGGCAGCGGCGCCGAAGAAGAACUACCGCGCAGGCUUCGUCAACUCCUUUUUCCUUUGGCGUCGGUGACGUAAAGGUAUUGCGAGUAUGGCACGCGGGCAGCAGAAAAUUCAAUCGCAGCAGAAGGCACAGAAGAAGCAGGAGCAGCUGAAGAAACAGCAAAAUCAUGACCAGAAGGCCGCUGCUGCCAAGGCCCUUAACCACACAUGCACUGUGUGCAAGACUCAGAUGCCGGAUCCGAAAACCUACAAGCAGCACUUCCAGAACAAGCAUCCAAAAUGUGAGCUGCCAGAUGACCUGAAGGAAAUUUAAAUAUCAACGGAUUCUCCCAGAACCAGACAUGGUGGUGGCAGCCCGAAGGUUAAUGUGUGCUGAAGACCACCUUUGUGGACUUGCCGCUGCUUUUUUACACAUCAGCAUCCUUCUUGUACAGCCUUAUCCUUCCCCAAAGAAUGAAAAAAAAGAAAAAAAAGGGAAACUGGAAGAGCAGUCUGAAUUGAAAAGAAAUGACAAGGGGUCCAGAUGCCAUUUUGGUGAAGGCAGCCUGGCUUUUCAGUGCACUUCGAGAUAAUCAGAUGUGAUAAAGUUUUUGCUACUCAA